AUGGCUCUGCCUGCCAGCCUGGUGCCCCUGUGCUGCUUGGCACUUCUAGCACUACCAGCCCAGAGCUGCGGGCCAGGCCGUGGCCCGGUGGGUCGGCGCCGCUACGUGCGCAAGCAACUCGUGCCGCUGCUCUACAAGCAGUUUGUGCCUAGUAUGCCCGAGCGGACCCUGGGUGCCAGUGGGCCCGCUGAGGGCAGGGUGACAAGAGGCUCGGAGCGCUUCCGGGACCUGGUACCUAACUACAACCCCGACAUCAUCUUCAAGGACGAGGAGAACAGUGGCGCUGAUCGUCUCAUGACUGAGCGUUGUAAGGAGAGAGUGAAUGCUCUUGCCAUCGCUGUGAUGAACAUGUGGCCUGGAGUGCGCCUGCGCGUGACCGAGGGCUGGGACGAGGAUGGUCACCACGCUCAGGACUCGCUCCACUAUGAAGGCCGUGCCCUGGACAUCACCACGUCCGACCGCGACCGAAAUAAGUAUGGGUUGUUGGCGCGCCUGGCAGUGGAAGCCGGCUUCGACUGGGUCUACUACGAGUCCCGCAACCACGUUCACGUGUCGGUCAAAGCCGAUAACUCCCUGGCUGUCCGGGCGGGUGGCUGCUUUCCGGGAAAUGCCACGGUGCGCCUGCGGAGCGGCGAGCGGAAGGGGCUGCGAGAACUGCAUGGUGGAGACUGGGUGCUGGCGGCCGACGCGGCCGGCCGGGUGGUGCCCACGCCGGUGCUGCUGUUCCUGGACAGGGACUUGCAGCGUCGGGCCUCGUUCGUGGCUGUAGAAACUGAGCGGCCCCCGCGCAAGCUGUUGCUCACGCCCUGGCACCUGGUGUUCGCUGCUCGAGGACCAGCGCCUGCACCGGGCGACUUUGCACCAGUGUUUGCGCGCCGCUUGCGCGCUGGAGACUCCGUGCUGGCGCCCGGCGGGGACGCGCUUCGGCCGGCGCGUGUGGCCCGCGUAGCGAGGGAGGAAGCCGUGGGCGUGUUCGCACCGCUCACAGCGCACGGCACGCUGCUGGUCAACGACGUCCUGGCCUCGUGCUAUGCGGUUCUGGAGAGUCACCAGUGGGCGCACCGAGCCUUUGCGCCUUUACGUCUGCUGCACGCUCUGGGGGCGCUGCUCCCCGGCGGAGCAGUCCAGCCGACGGGCAUGCACUGGUAUUCGCGGCUGCUCUAUCGCCUGGCGGAGGAGCUGCUAGGCUGA